AUGUCGUCAACACCAAACAGGACCAGCAAAAUCCCUCGACCGGGGACAAUGUCACCCCGGGUCAGUCAAGGAAGCAAAAGCCCUCCAGGCAGUGGGAGCUUCCAAGAGAACAAAAGCACCCAGUCGCCACAAUCAGCAGUUGAAGCUCCUACAUCUGCUCCUAUUCAAGAUGAAAUCCCACUUGUCUCUGGAUUGACACAAGGACUUGAAGACUGCAACUGGGAACAACUGCAGGGGAAAUAUGCCGAUGCAAUGGAGGAACAUGGCCGAGUCGAAGAGAAUCUUCGUGUUGAAACGGCAAAGCUUCUUGAAGUUUUCAUGGCAUGGUCUCAAACUACCGUUUCGCAAGAUGAGAACAGGGCUUUGAAAAGGUUCGAUCAAAUCCAGCUUUGGCCUAAGAUAACGAACGCAUAG